GCUGCUAAUCAGCUCGCAUGCUAGGCCGUCGCAACAAAGACAAUCGGAGAAGCUCUGCCGGGAGUUGUUCCAUCAAACCCUCAACACGCCGCUCCCACGACUAUCGUCGAGUCGACCACUGAACCACAACAGGACUCUACGCCUGCCCCAGCCGAUGAACCAGCACCUGCUUUGUCGGGUCCAGCUCUAGGUCCGGCACUCGGUCCUAUGGCUGGCCCUGCCGCUGGUCCUUCAAUGCCAGAGGCCGGCCCAUCCGCAAUGCCCAGCGAAGAAGACGACGGCUCCAUUCCAUCGUCACCAUACACGGCCGGUCGUCUUAUGCUCCGAAACCUGACCAUGCCGCCCGUACCAAAUUUCCAGAUCCCACCAUCACCACCGGGCUCGCCGCCCCCAGACACAACGACCAAAUUCGCGAGGUUUCUCAACUUGAAGAAGAAAGGAACUCAUUUCAACGAACGUCUAUACCACUCCUCGGCUUUGCGGAAUCCUGGUCUUUUGCCAAAGCUCAUGGACUUUGCCGGCAUCAGUCAAGAAGACCAGUAUGCGACCCCGUGGUCACAAGGAGCGAUCGCGACGAAAUUUCCUGAUUGGGCAUAUGGCGACAAACUGGUUGCGGCGCAUGAGAAGAUUGCAAAGAAGAAGGAACAAGAAAAGGCCAAGAAUCCAAGGGAGGCAGUGGACUUUGUACCGGCAAAACAGGAAGCGAAUGCUUCGGCAUCCGGAAGAGUGGAGAGGAGAACACAAGGCAGACGAGGGCUAGGCUUUGACAACGAAAGACGACGAUCCCGCUCGCCCAGAUGAAAAAGUGGAUCACAAUCCCCAGAACUUCUCAACUCUCAUCUUGACUCCUUCCCAGCUGUUGAGCUUUGGGCGUACGUCAAGGUAGAAGUUGAGAGACUUGCCAGGCUUGCCCUCAUUCUUGCCGGCGU